AUGAAAAUUAAGGAUAACUUAUAAAACUUAAUUUAUGAUUGCAUAAAGAAGAGCAUAUAAAUUUUAAAAUAUUUGUACUCACCAUUAAAAAAAGAUGUUAAUUAACAAAUAUCUAAAAAAAGCAUAAUAUUAAUAAGAAAUUUGAAAUUUUUUAGUAAAAUUGAAAAUUUAAGAUUUUUUUUGAUUGAAUUGAUUAAUUAAUUAAUUUACUAGUCCUUUGUGUAUUAUUAGCUAUCAAAUAUUUGUAUAAUUAUAAAUAUAUAAAACAUGUCUGAUAUAAAGUAAAAAGAAAAAUAUUAUAUUGUAAUUAAUUACUUGAAUUAAAUUGAUCCUAGCUUUAGGUUUAUUUCAUUUCCAAUUAUAGAUCCAAAAACAUACAAUGCCCAGCUUAGGAUAAAUCAUGUAAAAACUCUUCCAACCCUUACCUUCUACAAAGCAAUGGAAAAAGAAUUGAAUGCAGUUAUCAAUAAGGAAUUUACUUCAAGCUAAGAAUUGAAGCAACUAGCUUUGAGGUUAAUUAAUAAUCUAAAAUAAGAGAGAGAAAUAAUGGAAUACAAUUAGAAAUUAAGAUAGGUCUAAAUUGAGGCACAAAGAGAUUUGAAGAGGAUAUUUUUGAAAGUGAAGGAAAUCACUCAAAAUAUAGAGAAGAAUUUAAACUUGGAUAAGAAAGCAGAUUUUAUUGAUAAUCUAUUUAACAACAUAAAGCAAAUAAAUCUUAUCAUUGGAGAAGCUUAGCUUAUUUACUAGUCAUUGCUAUAAAUAGAAAUUUAAACUUCAAUUGAUUUGACUCAUUAUAUUGGACUAUUUAGCGAUGAAUAAAACUCUAAAUUAUUGAUUGCUUUUGGCUAUGAUGAAAAUGCUAUUGAAAUGAUAGACUUUUUAGAUCAUGUAAUUGAUGUUUUAGAAGAUUGCUAUUAAAAAUGUAAAGAGGCAACUGAAGAAUAAGAAGCUUCUAAAUCUGCUUUUUUAGCUUUGUAGAUGGAAUAGACUUUUAGUGAAGGAAAAGAGUAUUUUUAGGUUACUAAUUCCUUAUAUCAUUAAUUAUGUGCAUAUAUAUAUCUUGAGUUUCAGAGAAUGAUUAAAUAUACAAGAGAAGAGCUCAAAAAAUUAGAGCCUUAUUUAGCUAAAAUCAACAAAAACAUAUGUGAAAUUUUAUAUCUCCAUUUUAUUAAGAAAAGAGAAACAGAAAAGAUAAAGGAUGAGUUUUAAGGAUUGGUUAAUAGAAUUAAAGUGGGAGUUAAGGAACCCCUGAGAAGCAAAGAUAAUGAAAAUUUGGUUAAAAGUAUAGAAAAUGAAAGCAACAGAUUGCUUGAUGAGUUGAGAAGCUGUAAAGAAACAUAUAAUUUAUAUACAGCCGAAUGUUUUACAGUGUUUUUUGAACAUAAGAAAAUGAGGAGAAAGAAGGAAAUUAAAUAAUUAAAAAAUGACAUUAGAUUAUUUUAGUAAACUCUUAAAUUCAUUAGAGAGAUUAUUGAUAGUGAGGAGCCCUUGGAUAAAAAUAUGAAAGAUUCUUAAAAUUUUAUGAAGUUAAUUGAGGAAACAAAAACUAGAUUUGAAAAAAUACAAUAGAAUAAAACAAGAAGUAAAUUACCUCAUUAAAACGAAGAAAUUAAUAAAAUUAGGAACGAAGCAAAAAAAAUAUAUCUGUAAAGCGAAGACUAAAUAGUAUAACUCUAAUAGUACAUAAUUAAAUUCGAGCAAUACUAUAAUGUAAGUUAUGUAAGCAUAUUCGAACAUCUAUUUGAAAAAAAGUACAUCUAACUUAAGAACACAAGAGAAUUACUGUAUCAAAUUUAGGAUGCUAUUAUUGAAAUGCUCAGCUAGGAGUCUAAGAUUUUGAGAGUAGAUUGUGAGUAAAUUAGAGACGAAACUGAUUCAUUGCUUAAAGACAUAUUUGUUUUCCUAGAUUCGAUUGAUGCUAAAUUAUUGACAAGGACUGAUAAUAAGUAUUUAUUGGAUGAUAUUGGUACGAAUAUACUAAAACUACUUAUGAGAUUGAAAAAGAAUCAAGCUCAAAUAGAGAUUAAUUUACAAGAUGAAAGCUUGAUUAUUUCGUAUGAAUUAAGCUCUGAAUUAAAAAAAAUGGGAUAAUCACUGUCCAUCCAGCUUACUAAUUUAGAGGCGCUUGGAAUCAUAAUAGAAAGCAGAUCAUACUUUAAUUCCCAGCUGAUAGUAAAUACUGUCUAUGAAUUUAUGGAUAACGAACCGGAAUUUAAGGUUCUUGAUUCGAUGCUCAAAGAUUUGCCAGCCCAUAAAAAAGAUGUUGAAGAGUUUAUCUCAGAGUACUAAUAGAAAGUGAGCUCUUAGUUACUGAUGUUAUCAAGGGCGAGAAUAGAACUUGAAUAAUUUUUUCAAAAAAACUUUGGAGAUAUGAUGGAAUGCCACAAAGUAAUUCUAUCAUAAUAUGAAGAAUAUACUAAAAAAUAUAACAAUAAUGUGGUGCUGCUUGAUAGUAACUUCUUGAAUGUGAUAACGCCAAUUGUUACCUCUUACUAAAGAAUUAGCAAUAUUAUAAUAGACAUAAUGUCGAACUCAAUUUUUCAAGCAGAUUUAAAAAAUAAAAUUAGAGACCUUUUGAAUAAAUACUUGAACAAAUUAAAACAAAAUUAUGUGACAGAUAAUUUAAUUAACAUCUAAAGAACAUGCCAUGUAUUGAUAUUUUAUAAUAAAAUCAAGGAAGAAAUAGUCUAGAAAUACCAUCAAAUAGUUAGAAACAGCAUGGAUUGCAGUAUGAGUGCAAUCAAUCAAGUUAUUAAAAAUAUGUCAGUUCCUUCUGACGAGUUUAUGUCCCUCAUGAAAGAUAUGAGAUGGGCUAAGGUUUUCUAUAAGACAAAUGGAAAUUUAUUAAAAUUCAUCAACGUAGGAGACUAUAACAGCUUGCUUGAAAAAACUUAGGCUUUAGAAGACUUUUUCUUUUAGCUGCAAAAUUACAUUAAAACAUUAGAACAGCAGUACAAUUAUGCAAUCGUAAAAUCAGGGAAGUUUCCUUCAGACAAAGAUGAUGAUGAUAACGAUGAUGAAUCCGAGGAAGAAAAAAAAUAAAUCGAUCAAUAAUAAAAUUUAUAAAAAUAGCUAGAAGGAAAAUAGCCAAAAAACGAAAAGCUAAAAAAUGUAGUUUAAAAGAUAAUCGAGCAGUUAUAAGACAAUUAUAACUUUCAUUUUGAUGGAGAUGCUUAGAAAAUGGCUAUGGUUUUGAUAAAGUUACUCCAAACAAUUUUCUACCCAAUAUUGCAAGAAAAAUGA